AUGUCAUGGAGGCGAGAGCACACGGAGUCUGGGGGUCCGACUCCCAGUUCUCCCCGGGUCCUUGCCCGGCGGAUGCGGAAAGGUGCCUCGGUCCACGUGCUGGUACAGCGGAUCCACCAGCUCCAAGCUGAGCGCGCGCAAGCCUUCCGCCGGCUGGAGGAAGCCCACCACCAGUAUGUGCGCAGUGGCCCGCACUACGACUUCUCGCGCUACCGGGACUCAGUGCACGAGGUGACCCAGUCCUUCGCCGCCGCUUCGCGGGAAGUUUUGGCCCUGGAGGCUGAGCUGGCAGGGCCCCGCGCGCAGCCGCUGCUUGCCGGCCACGUGCGAGCCCUGCAGCAGCUGGAGCAGACUCGCCUAACCACGGUGGCUCUGUUGCAAUUGAUGGGGGUACCGGAGCUGAGGGGGCAGGAAGACACCUCCCAGACGCACCAGCUGAAGAUGAAGGUAAUUAAAACCAUGGAGGCAAUCAGCGAGGUUCUCCAGGACCUCAGGUUUGAUGCGGAGUCUGCGGAAUGA